CCCAGUGGUCGGCCGCUGUCUCUGCAUUCCUGAAGUCCAGGGGAGGGCACUUGCAUCACUAAGCCUAGGACAAAGAAGCCAGAGGAUGCAGAGGACUGGUCGUGGGAAGAAAGGUUAUUCUACGGUUGCAACAUAUUCCCUGGUGUCCUCGACCAGGGUACUGCUGGUCUCGGUCUUUGUUCUUUCACUUCAAUAACCUCAGCAGGACAGAUGGAACUGAAUGCAGCAGUGGCCAAGAAGACUGGGCAGAACUGCAUGAUAAAGCUUGAUUGGGAAUCAUUGGUAACAAGAUUUCUUCAGCUGAAUGGCCUGAAAGCAGAGGAUGGCAAACUGGAGAGGCAGAAGUUAGAGGAGAUAAUCUUCAAUGAUGAGGUGGGUUACAACACGCCAGAAGGGGCUGCCUGGUGCUUCAAGCAUAUGGGCAUUAAGGCAGAUAUCCACAAGGAUGGGGACAACAUUGGCACCCUCAACGUGAGCCUUCAUGAUUACAGACGUUAUGAGCAGAUGGACGCUCAGGAGGUAAGGGAACACAUAGAAAAUGGCAGGGCGAUCAAGGUACGGAUACUUGCCGGAACAGAGUUCGACUCUCUUGAGGACGACGAGAUCUAUUGCUGGCUCCCAGAGAUCGAUGAGGACACUGGGAAAUUGGUGGAGGACCCAGACCCCCACGCAAUUGUAUUGCUUGGCAAUGGUAAUGCUGGGCCCUCAUUGCGCAAUGAACAGUACCACCCGUUCCUUAAUUCACAUGGAAAAAAAUAUGCAAAGGGUGGAGUUGGGUGCAUAUUUUUCAAGGGUCUGUUCGGCCCAUACUACUUGCUGGAAAUGAAGGCAGAGCCGAAGCUCUCGUAUGGUGGGAUGUCUCAGCUUCCUGCUCCUCCUUUUCGCACGUAUGUCCCGACUCCUCCGCCCCCUGGUUCCCCCGCAUCACCGCCAUGCCCGUCUGCCUUCACGACUUUGCCUGCCCAUGGCCGCUUCCCUGCACCAUCACGCCCGGGUGCCCCCUCAACUCAGCAUACUCCACGUUACUUGCCGCCUUGGCAUCCCAGUCGUAGCUCCUGUUUACCUGGUCCAGUCAGCGGCCACAGUCUCACUCCACCAAGAGGAAGAUACAGCAUGGAUGUCCCGACACCUCCGCCUCAUGAUCGCUCCGCAUCACAGUCACACCUGGCUGCCUUCACGCCUCCGCCUCCCCAUGGCCGCUUCCCUGCACCAAGACGCCCGGAUGCCCCCUCAACACAGCGGGCUACUGCACCUCACUCGCCACCUCCAGCCCGCGGUGAAUGGCCCACUGCACCAAGAGGAAGAGACACCAUUGAUAAGAAAAGAUGGUAGGAUGAAUGAGGAGGCUCUCAGUUCGUGGUGUGAGGACAUGAAAUGCACAGAUGGUGUGAGGAGGUGAAAGACACUUCAGUUGGCAGGACAAAGUCGUCGUCUUCUGCUUAGCGGUGCCGUGAUUAUUUUGUCUAGACAGGACAUUAUUUCCCACUGACCCUGCACGAACGUGUUUUCAUGGAAAAGGCUUAAUUUGUCCAAGGAUUUUGAUGAGUUCAUGUAGUUCGUUCGUUCGGUUCCAGGUUUUGUGGCAUGCUAACUUGCAUUGACCCUACCCUAUUACUAGCAAUAUCCGCGCGAGGCGUGGGCUUGUGUAGCAUCUUUAUUGUUUACACUCAAACUCAAUUUAAGGCUGGAGAAUU